UAUCUAUCUGUCAGGACCUCAGGGAGAUCCACUUGAGUAAAGUGACGUCUCCACUAAACCACACAACAUAGCGCGUGACAAUCACGAUCCAAAAUCUCUCUUAAUAAAUAAACCAACAAAACAAACACUCCAACACAUAAUUCGAAACACUCAAGAACAAAAAAAGAAAAGAAAAUCACAACUGGACCCAGCUUUGAUGGCAUACCGGCAUUACCCAAUUUCCAAAAUUAUAGCCAAACCCCAAACCUAAAUCGCACAACCAAAACAUAGUACUAAACUAAAGUCUUAACCAAACGCACUAAGAUUCAGCUCAUAAUCAAAUCAUUAAAGGCAAACAAGAGUAAACCAAAGUAAAACGAACCGGAAUGACUUUAACCGGUCCUACUUCAAUCUACUAAUUCACAUCACUCAUAUAAAUACACACAGGUCUCUUUACUCCUUUUCUUCCAACACAUCUUCUCUCCCUCCGUCAAUGGAGAAAACCCUAGCCACUUCCCAUACCAAACGCUCUUCUCCUCCGUCUCCAUCCUCCGCCGUGAACACAAGCUCCACUGGUUUCAACCGCAGAACCAGACAGAGAUUGUCCGAUGCAACGGCGAGUGUAAGCGAGACCGACGUAGAAGAUGAAGAUGAAGAUGAAGAAGGAGUGGAGGAGAAGAUCGAGGCGCUUCAGACAAUAGUUCCCGGAGGAACGGAACUUGGUGUCGACGCGCUGUUCGAAGAGACAGCUAGUUACAUUUUGGCUCUGCAAUGUCAGAUCAAUGCCAUUAAAGUUCUUACUACGUUUCUUGAGCGUUGUGAGAAAAAAGAUAUGAAGUUUGGAGGUUGAAGAUUGAACAAACAAUUUAGAAUUCUGAAAAUCAGAAGAAAAAAAAAAACAAUUUGGAAUUCUCUCUGUUUUUUCAUUUAUUUUCACCUUAUAUUUUUUUUUUUUAUAUAUUGCUGUUUAGUUCGGGUUCAUAAUUUAGUUCUUAAAAAAAAAACAAUCUUAUGUGUUUUUAUUCCAAAAUAUUACGAGAAAUGAAAAUUUUAUCUCCACAA